AUGAAUACAUUCUCAAAUGGCAUUCCUAGAGAAAUUGGUGGCUUGCAAAAUCUAAUACACCUUUCUUUGAGAGACAACAAAUUGCAAGGAUCAAUACCUGGCUCAAUGAGCAGCAUGUCGGCUUUGGAAUUUCUAGACCUUUCUCAUAACAAUGUUUCAGGAUUAAUUCCCAAAUCUUUGGAGAAGCUUCAAAAUCUCAAGUAUUUCAACGUUUCUUUCAACAAGUUGGUUGGUGAAAUCCCCUCUGGCGGUCCUUUCAAGAACCUCUCAAGUCAGUCAUUCAUGUCCAAUGAAGCAUUGUGUGGUUCUCAAAGAUUUCGUGUUCUGCCAUGCCACAAUAGUACUUCAAAGCAUAUAUCCAAAAGGACAAAAGUACUUGCUCUAAUUCGACCAGACAGAAUUGCACUUGAAUUAGUCUCCAUGGCCUUUGCGCUUGAAUGGAUAAGAGUAUGGACUGAAGCGAUUGGUGUCAACAAAAUGCGAAAUGGACUGGAGCGAUUGGUGUCAACAAAAUGCGAUGUUUAUAGUUAUGGGAUCAUGCUGAUGGAAACAUUUACACAGACAAAGCCUAGUGAUGAAAUGUUUGGUGGAGAUCUUAGCUUGAAGCAAUGGGUGAGCAAUUCACUCCCACAUUCAGCAACGAAAGUUGUGGAUGCCAACUUAAUAACGCCACAAGAUAAUCACUUAAAGAGAAAGUUAGAGUGCGUGGCGUCCAUCAUGAAGGUGACAAUGGAUUGUUGUGUUGAAUCUCCUAGUGGAAGGAUUGACAUGAAAGAUGUUGUAGCGAGGCUAAAGACGAUCCAGAUUCAACUCAUUGCAUCUUGA